CAGAGAGAGAGAAGACUCAGAUCUGCUUCACCUUCAUCUCCUCUCCAACAGCACAGACAGUGUUUCCCCUCCGCUGAUUGGCUGUGGAGCUGCAGACACUUUGAUCAGUGCAGACUGAGCACACUCAGUGCGACUCUACCUGCUCAGCUUCACACAGCUUCUGCACACAAACAGAAGAGUUCAGCUUCUUCAACAGACUCUGCAGAGGAAAUCUGAACACAUUCAGGAGGAGGAAGAUUCCUAAAGAUGGCCUUCAUUCUAAGAAGAUCGAACAAAGACUUUCCUCCUAAUCUGUCUGAACUGAUGAACACAUUUAUUACACAUACAACUUCAUUCAUCAGAAAGUUUGCCAGCAGUGAACACAGGAUGAAAGAGAUUGCAGGAGAGUUUAGGGAGAUCUCUGAAGAAGUCAGAAAGAUGCAGAAGAGAACAGAUAAAGUCAGAACAGCAGGAGCUGUUGCUGGAGGAGUAGGAGUAGGAGCAGUAAUAGGAAUAGGACUCCUGGUCCUUGCAGCUCCGUUCACUGGGGGGGCUAGUUUAGCAGCAGUAGCACCGUUAGCAGUAGCAGCAGGAGCAGCUGCAGUAGGAGGAGCAGUAGCCGGAGGAGCAGCUGUGGUUGUUGGUGUAAAUGUAACAAAAACAAUGAAAGAGAACAGAAGUGUAAAUAAAGUAGAAGAACUGGGGAAAGACUUCAUGGAGAUCAUUGAACCGCUGAAGUACAACCUGGAAAAAAUAAAGAAGACAUGUGAGAAGUUGGAGCAAAGAUCAGCUGAACUUCAGGCUGAAAAGACUCUGACAGACAUGGAGGACUUUCAGAGGAGUCUGAGACAAGUUUCUGAAGUGGCAGGAAGGAGUGAAGAAGUUUUGUCUUCAGCUGCAAUACUAAUGAGUGUCAUAGGUGGUCUGUUAUUGCUCAUUGUGAAAGUCUUCAGACUCAAUGCAACCCAUGAAGAGGAUAAUAUGUUAGGAAACUCCAUCAUCCAGUCAGCUGAUCACUGUCAGAAAGUCGUUAAGGACUUUGAUGAGAUGAAGAAAGAACUCAAAGACUUCAGUGUAAAGUAAAGAUAGAAACUGCAGUGAGAACAAAAAGACUCAUUCACACUGAAACAGCUGACUGUUUGUGUUUGAUCAGAAAACCCUGAACAUUUAUCUAACCUACUUGACUUUUUGUAACUGAAACAAAGUCAAAGUCAAACUAUACUUUAUUAUCCCAGAGUUGGGAAUUUGUUUAGUCAAAAUGCAGCACAUUUAAGACACACAGGCAAGUAGGUACCCCCUCCCCUUACACACACACACACACACACACACACACACACACACACACACACACACACACACACACACACACACACACACACACACACACACAAUAACAUUCAUCAAGACAUAGUUAAGUAUGAACACAACUCAGAGCCUUCCUCCACUUACACUUCAGUCAAUCAGUCAAUUAGUAGCAGGCUUGAAACACAUAGGCCUAAGGCAACAUUCCAAAUUAAUUAAAAACAAUAAAAGAAAAACACAGUGUUACAAGAGUGGACAAUACAAUUCCUUAUCUUGUCCUGUGUCUUCCAUUAAAAAGUCUAAUAGCAGAGGGGACAAAAGACAUGCUAAACCUUUUGGUUUUACUUGCCCUUUGCAGCAGGCUACUGUUGCCACAAUUGCUGAUUUGGAACCUCCCAUUUAAGGGGUGGGUAGGAUCCUUAAGUAUCUGCACAGCCUUACUCACAAUAAGAUCUGACCAUAGCGGAUUGACUGACAUCUGACUACAUCCAAUAAUUUUGCUUGCUGUCUUUACCAAAUGCUGCAAUUUAUCUUGGUCUUGUUUGCGCAUGUUCCCAAAUACGCAGACUAAGCCCAAGGACAAUACGCUCUGAAGGAAAAACAAUUGUAAAACAAUUCUAAAAUAGUACAGUCCACCUGAAAGUAGUUAAGCUUAUGUAAAAAGAACAUCCCCUAUUGUAAUUUUGUUUUACCUUAGAAGUAGUACAUUCAGUAUAUCAAAUUUGAGUUGGGCAUCAAUUUCAAUGCCUAGGUAUUUGUA